AUGACUUCUGAAAAUGCGCUCUUUAACAAAACCGGGUUUAACUACACCGGGAUUACCGGUACCGAGUUAAACAGCACUGUUUUUAACGGGACCGGAACGCGCACGUUGCUCCUCUCCCGCGCGCUCCCGCUCGGGAUAGUCUUGGGUGCGUUGAUCCUGUUCGCGGCGGUCGGUAACACGUUAGUAAUAGUGUCGGUUCUGCGGGACAGACGCCUGCGAGCUCCGACACACUGUCUCAUUGCUAACCUGGCUGUAGCGGAUCUGGUGCUGAGCACCGCCGUGCUGCCGGUAUCCGCCGCCAACGAGAUCCUGGAACACUGGGCUUUAGGGAGCGCUUUCUGCGACGUGUGGGCUGCGCUGGAUGUUCUCUGCUGCACAGCAUCCAUCCUCAGCCUCUGUGUUAUAUCUGUAGACCGGUACAUCGGCGUGACCCGGCCGCUGGCCUACUCCCGUAUCGUGACCCGGCGCAGGGCUGUACUGGCUGGACUGCUGACCUGGGUGGUGUCGAUUCUGGUGUCGGUCGGUCCGCUGUUCGGUUGGAAACAGCCGCGCGCACAGAACUCGGCAGCGUGCGCAAUCACUGAAGAGCCUUUCUACGCGCUUUUCUCCUCCCUGGCUUCUUUCUACAUACCACUCGCUGUUAUCCUUGCCAUGUACUGCCGGGUUUACGUCGUGGCUAAACGAACCAGUCGCAGUCUGGAGUUGGGGAUGAAGAAGGAGAGGUUAAACUCGUGUGAAGUGACGCUGAGGAUCCAUCAGGGUUCGCGGGCCAGCAAGGAUCAGCAUCCACGCAGCGCGCUUUCGGUCACGCUGCUUAAGUUCUCACGCGAAAAAAGAGCUGCCAAAACUGUGGGAGUACUGGUCGGAGCCUUCACCGUGUGCUGGCUGCCCUUUUUCAUCACCUUACCCAUAGUGUCAUUCAACGCUGACAUGCGUCCUCCAGAAACCCUCUUCAAAGUCGUCUUCUGGCUUGGUUACUUCAACAGCGUUGUGAACCCGGUCAUCUAUCCUUGUUACAGCCGUGAGUUCAGACGGGCAUUCGCUCAUAUCCUGCGCUGCCAGUGGACACAGCCAUCAUGGAGGACAUUUUAUUCCCCCAGCACCUCCUCCUACCAGUACAGAAAAGACUCCAGAGACUCAAUGGAGAACUACAGCAACUAUAUGUAUGGCAGCCAGAGGACACUGUCUACAUCCAGCCCAUGUUCUAGUCCUGGUUAUCAUAUCACAGAGCAUGGUCAUUUUCAUAUAUGGAGCAGAAGCGGCACUGCAGUAGCAGAAAGUCCUACUGAUUGGCAUCUGGAGCCAGUCAAAGAGGACUCUGGACAGGACAUUAGCAUUAGUCAAAUGGAACAAGGAAUGAAAAACGAGGAAGAACAUAAAGAUAAAGACAUAAAGACUCAGUUGCCAGAGAACUUUCCGAAUCCUAGACCUAUUUAA